AUGGAGACUAGGCGGCUCUAUGUUGGAGGCCUCAGUCACUCUGUGACAGACAAAGACCUAAAAGAUCGGUUUGGAAAGUUUGGGAAAGUGGAGAGUGUGGAGCUGAAGACCAGAGCGGACGAACAAGGAGUUCCAUACAAAACAUUUGGUUACAUAAACAUCACCCUUUCAGACUCUGACCUAAAGAAAUGUCAGACUGUUCUGAACAAGUCCCAGUGGAAAGGAGGAACUUUGCAGAUCGAACCGGCCAAAGAGAGUUUCCUGCAGCGAGUGUCCCAGGAGCGUCAGGAGGCUGCUCGUCUCUCCCUCCUCCCCCCUAAACCCUCUCCACAGCAACAGAUUCUCUCCUCUCUCAGAGACGCUGGGGUUUGUGAUUUCACCAUGAAGUCUGCUGUUCCAGGAACCGAAAUCCCGGGACACAAGGACUGGGUGGUUGGUAAGUUUGGCCGCGUCCUCCCGGUGAUGCAGCUGAAACGUUGUCAUGGCGACGGAGCGCAGACGCUGAAGUACGACCCAUCGAAAUACGGUCACAACCUGCGGGUGCUGGCUCUGCCCUCCGGCCCUGAGGCCACGCCCACUCCUGUCUGCAAGCUCACCUGGGCGUUGGAGGGGGGUGAUGACGAAAUCAGCCGCAAACGCAGAGGAGAGUUUCCCCCGUUCACGGUCAGCAAGAAGAAGAGCAGACCCUCCUCUGAUCGGAUUGGCUCCUGUAACAGUUCCAGUCGGCCAAUCGGAGCGCUGCAGCCGCCGCUCAACAGCCAAUCAGAUGAAGAGCAGCAACAAGUUGGGGACAGCUCCUACAAUGCACCGUGGCCUGAGGACGACACACUGGAGGUGGUUUCAACUGACUUCAUUCAGAGUAAGAGAAAAGAUGAAGAUGAGUGCGACUCAGCUGACACUGAUGAAAUCUUCUCGUCUCUAAAACCUCAAGCAACUCCAAACAAAAUGGCUGCCGCAAAAAUCCAGAAAAAAACAAAUGGUUGCCGCUUAAAAUACGACUCAACGGACGACGAGGGAGAGAAGGCUUCAGGGAAGAAGUGCGAACGGAAAGUCAAGAAGGCCAACAAGAUGGCCGCCGUUAAAAAGAUACAGAAGUCAGAGAACAAAGUAGAGGAUGGGGGGAGGAAACGGGGACAUGAGAAAGGAGCUAAAGGAGACAAGGAAAAGAGAGAGAUGAUCCAAGGAGGAACAGAAACGGCGGAGGAGACAAGCCAAGGAGGCAAGGAAAGCACUGAAGAGACGAGCCAAGAAGGCAAGGAAGUCACUGAGGAGACGGGCCAAGGAGAGACAGAUGACUCUGAUUCGGACCACGAUUACGAGUCGUUAUUUUCCAACGUGAUGCGCUUGGAGAUGUCCCUGUGUGACCUGCGCAUGCUAGCGCACAGAUAUGCCCCCGAGACACCCGCUCCUGCCAUCCUGAGCGUGGACGACACCAGUGGCACGCCGAAAACGGGAACCACACCCGAGGAGAUCCUGGAGGCCAUUCUACAGGGCGGGUCGAGCGAUGAGGAGGAGAAUAAGAGGAGAAAGAAGAGAAAGAGGGGAGCGGCGCCGGAGAUGUCACUUCCUGCAUUCAAAGGGACAGGAGCUCUGCAGAUAGAGACGCAAAACGGAGAUGAGUCCAGCUCUGCUCACACUGAGGCCUCCACUGAUGAAGAGGAAGAUGAAGGAAAGACAUCAGAGAAAGAAUCGUCAAGCAGUGCUGAAGCCAGUGCCCAGCCCGCCACAGCCAAUCGGAGGAAGACUGCUCUUGAGGAGGCGGAGCUUCAGAGGAAAGCCAAUGAGAGAAGGCUGGCUGCUGUCACUCAGAGACAGAAGGAAGCGGAGCAGAACCGGCGCUUGAUCCAGGGGGCGCUUUAUACUCGGGAGGGUACCCCCGGUGGCAGCGGAGGAAAGCACAUUGUGUUUGGCUCUGAUGAUGAAGAAGAGGAGGAGCCGCUCUCAGCCAAUCAGAACAAGAUCCAGACUUUGUCAGCUCCGCGUUUAUUCGACAGUGAUGAAAGCGAGGAGGACGAGGAGCGGUUGGAGAUCAGAGCAGAGUUUGAGGGCUCUGUGGGACAAAAGCUGAUGGCGUUGCAGUCUCGCUUUGGUGCCGAUGAGCGCUUCAGGAUGGAUGGCCGUUUCCUUGACGAUGCAGAGGAAGAAUGUUCCGAGUCUGCAACUGCACACACUGCCCAGCAGGGGGCGCUGCAGCAGGAAAAACAGAAGAACCUGAACAUCCUUCACAGUGUCCUAGGCCCUUGCAGUACUGUAUCUACACCAGGAGAGGGCAACAGAGCCAAAGCACUCACCUUCAGAGAGACAACCUCGGCCCUCUUUUUCUUCUGCGCCAACGACCCACGCCUCACAGAUGGACCUCAGUGGUUCUGCAGGACUUCUCUAGACAAACAGAGAGAGAGCUGGGACCAGACCAGGACCCAGCUCAGACAGGACUGUAAGAAGAAACACAAAGACGCUCGGAGGAAACUGCGUGGCAGCUUUUAUUGUGAAUGGGCGGUGAGUGGAGUUUGUCUGAAGUUUGAGAUGCGCUCAGUCUGUGCCCUGGUCCCAGGGGAGGAGGUGGACUUUGAGACUGGACUGCAGCGGCUUGAUGCUGAUGUUCUUCAUCACUUUACCCUGGUGUGA